AAGUCUAUUUUUAUCGAGAUUAUAGUGGACUCCCCGACGAGCCGCAAUCAUGGGUGGUGGCGAUCUCAACUUGAAAAAGUCGUUCCAUCCCGGUCUGCGGCGGAACCAGCAGGCCGUCUACGACGAAGAGCAAAAGGCCCUCGCCGAGCGCAAACGCACCCAGCAGCGCAUCAAUGAAAUCAAGGAGGAGCGCGCAAAGGAGGAGAUCCAGAGGCAGCUGGAGGCUGCGGGAGGCACCAAACGGGUCGAUCGCGUCGACUGGAUGUACCAGGGCCCUACCGAUGGCCAGGCUGGCACGACAGAAGAGACAGAAGCGUACCUGCUGGGCAAGCGGAGGAUCGACAAUCUGAUCAAGGGAAACGACCACAAGAAGCUCGAGAAGUCCGCAGGGCAGGACAGCUUCAUUGCGCUGCAGAAUGCCAACAGCGCGCGCGACACAGCGGCCAAGAUCCGCGAGGACCCUCUGCUGGCCAUUAAGCGCCAGGAACAGGCCGCGUACGAGGCCAUGAUGAAUGAUCCUAUCAGACGCCGCCAGCUGCUCUCGUCCAUGGGCAUCGACGACGGCAAGAAAAAAGACAAACAUAGUGACGGGCACUCACGGAGGCAUCGCAGGCAUAGGAGUCGGGACCGCGACGACGACCGCCACUCACGG